CUUUCGUUGUUCAAAUAUUGUGAAGCUAGUAACAUCUUCGUGGCGAGCGUUGUGCAAGUGUCUAAGUGCAAGUCUAAGCUAGUGGAACUUUUCCUAUCGAGCGCUACAAUUCUUGUUUGUCGUCCAGUGACAUUAUCCGUGAGCGGUUUCAAGUAUUUCAGUGUGCAGAACAGCGGCUAAGCCAUGGCUACCACCGCAGAGAAAAAGCUGAGUGCGUCGGAAUUGGUCGACCUGGCCCCCUUGGCGACUGAGCCAGGGAAUGAUCUGAUAUCGACCGUACAGGAACGGGAUGAGCAGAAGGCCGCUCAAGAUCAGAGUGUCGAGAAGCCGGAUGAGGAUCAGUCGAAAAUCGAGAAGGCUCUAGAAGAUGCAAUGAGCGACAUUGUGGAGCGAGGUGAAAGUGAAGACAUCAGUGGAAAGUCGAUAGAAGCUUUGGAGGAAAUCCCGCAAGAGGCAAACAGCGUGGACGAGGAUCACGUCGAGCAAGAGACCACUCACGACGAAGCUCACGAUGAAGCUCACGAUGAAGCCAUCGUGGAGGCCUCGGAAGAUGCAGCCGAAGGCGUUGAUCGCUGUGCACGUGUGGAGGUUUAAGCUGUUGAGCAGAGGAGCUGGCGAUGAGCUGAGUUGGUGUGCCGAUUCCUGCCAGCAGCGUGAAGAGUGAAGGGAGCGAAUGAACCGGAUAAAGUCCUGUGUGUGUUCCAAUAAUAGUGGAUGUAGUCUUGCAAUUUUCGAUACAUGGAUAAAAAAAUGUGAUGUACUUUCGGUCAAAGAAAAUUAUUGAAUAAAAUUGAAGCAAAUAUUUAGAAAAA